AUGGACAUCGUGCCGUUCUCAACGGCCGCGGGCAACAACGGUGACGGUGGUAUUGGUGGUAGACAGGAGCAGGAAGCGAACCAGUACUUCUUGCAUUUGUUGCAGGAGAAUACUCAGGUGAACUUGUUCCUGAAUGACCCCCGCAUUCAAAGUGCCUUGGAGCUUCGCGCGGAACAACGACAUCGAUUUGCAUUGGACAACGUGUACGCCGAAGCCAACGCAUACAUUGCACACCUAGAGGCAACAGCGGAUGCGAAUCAUCGUCAACAGCUAGCAUUUGUUAGCCAAUCCACGCACCUGUUGGUGGGACAGCUACACAAUGAAGUACGAGUGCUAGAGACAAUCGCCCGAUCAGAACGACAAUCAGCCAAUGAGCUGCAGGCACAGCUGGCACGCGCACAAAGGGAAAGUCAUGAUGAAAGGUCUAUGGCCAUGCAGUUUGAUGCACAUCGAUCCGAGCUGGAAGCAGCAGCGCGCACGCUCACUGCGGAAAACAGACAGCAUGAACGCCGUUUCGCGGAAUUGCGCUCGAGUAUCGAAGAAAACCACAGUGAGAUGAUUGCCUUUUUAGGGUCUGAGUUUGAGGAAAAGCUUCAAUGGGAAGAAAACGAGUACUACCAUAGGCUAACCUCUGAGGCACAGCAGUACGAUAGCUUGGUUGAUGACCUGCAGGACAGGAACGCGGAGCUUAUAGCUGAGGUCGACUCACUCAGGACUGUCUUGUCGACAGCGGAGAGUAGCCCACCGCAAGGUGGUGCCGUGCCGGUGAAAGUCGAUCCCAGUGAGAGCUCCAAACUUCAACCAAGCCCACCGCAAGGUGGUGCCGCAGCGACAAGCCCUGCUACGCUUUCCAGCGUGGGAAGUGCCCACGAGGUGAUAAGUGGAGGUAAAGGCGGUAAAGGUGGGGAGAAGAAGGAUACCUCUAAGAUUCCUUGCAUCUUUUACCCCAAAGGCACCUGCAAGAACGGUAAGAAUUGCCCAUUCAUGCACAAGGAUGCCGCUCCCUCUGUCCCGGCCAAAGGCGAUAAGGCUGGCAAGGACGGGAAGAGAUCGCCCUCCGGCAAGCGCAGGCGACCCAGUAAGAAAAGGCCAAAGAGUGAGGACAAGCCAGCCGCUUGCUGUCUUUCCCUCACAGCCACCCUCACGGGUGAGCCACCGGCCGAUGCUGUGAAGGCCUACGCAGUAGCAGCCCGCAAGGGCCCUGCCGGAAAGCCCCGAAGCAGGAAAGUUCAGUUCCUAAGGCCAGAAAUCAUUGACAUCCCGCCUGAGGGUGAAGGCUGGAGCUUCGUACCAGACAAGCACAAGUUCGAAUUCAGGUACAAGUCUGCGGAGCUAUGCCCACCAUCAAUUCCAGAGGACACCGAAGAAGCUUUGCAGAAUGCCCGUGUCGGGGUAGAGAAGGAUUCUGCAUUCACUGCAAAGAAGCAAUUCCCCUGCCCCAACUUGCUGCAGCGGACCAUUGAUGGCAUGCUUAGCAGCAAAGUCCUCAGUCCAGCUGGCGCGGCAGAAGAUCCCAUCGAAAAGAUGGCGAAUUGCAUUCCUCCCAUUCCUGGGGUGGAAACGAGGUAUAGAAUCCGGACUACUUGGGGAUUCAAGGAUGACGUGUGGUCUUUGUUGGAGGAUUCAGUCAACAUUGACGAAUUGGACGGAAUCUAUGGGGAAGCGCAAGCCGACAGCGAUGUCGAGCCAUACACAAUGCCAAAGUCUAAGAAGGAUGAAGGGGGGGGAUACGAUGAAGCCGCAAUUCAGGAACAACUUAGCGAAGACCUGGAUGAAAUGUUCCCAGAGCUAUUUGGUCCUGAUCGUGAUAAAGAUCCUCCGCCGAAGGACGCGAAAGAAGCCACCCGCAAGGGUGAGUCAAAGUCUGAUUCCCGUGCAGCAUUGCUUGAUGAUGUUCCGUUCUCUGUGAAGCAGAAGCUGAAGUCCAGCGCAGCAGUAGCAGCGCAAGAACCACCGUAUGGUUAUACGUGGAGUGGGGAAUGUUUGGUCAAGAAGAACAACAAGAACCGCCCUAACGCUAUUGAUCAUACUGCAUGGAAGGCUAUGUCGAAAAGACAAAGAGCAACAGCAAUUGCAGAACAUGAGAAGAAGCUACAUGAGGAGAAUGAGGCACUGUAUCGUGAAGCUGUAAAGGCGGAUUGGUGGGACGGCGAAACCUACUUCGACCUCGCAGGCCGGGAACAGUCUGAUUUCGAGCUGGCAGUUGCAGCUGCCCGCAAGGGCAAGCCGGUUGGGCAUUUCAAGCUACUGAAUGUUGGUACAGCCGAACAAGUGGCGGAUGUGUUCACGAAGCCUUUCACUGAAAAGAACAAGUGGACGCAUGCCUUGAAGCUUAUUGGACAUACAACCAGCGCGAACGUAGCCGGGUGCAAACCCGAGUCGAAGGUCGAGGUUGACAACAAGGCUAACGAUUACAGCUUCAAGACCUUCGAAAAGCUAGCCCGCAUCCACACGGAUAAGUACAAUCAGAAAGAAUCGUACAACCUGACGUUCUCCUUCGCUGGUUCUGAUCUUCUCGACUUGCCCGAAGCGACUUCUACGAUCCCCAAGAUGGCAGCCAUCGUUGUGAGCGACGAGUUCUGCAGGGUCAACACCUCCGAAGCAGACAGGAAUGGGGUUACCAAGGCCAUGAAAACCAUUCUCCAAUCCGCCGCCCUCAACAACGAUAUCAUUUCGCUCGGCGCCGAUCAUGAGAGCCAGCUCUUGGAGUCGGCGUACAGCUGCGUAUCCACACAGUGCGCGGCUGGGGUAUCCUUGACCCAUGCCGACGCAACCACUGUGGCUCUGCGCCAGAUGGCUGACCUCAGUGACGAGGGACUCGCCAAGUUGAAGCCAACCGCAAGGUUGAGCCCCAAGGCCAAGCGAGCCAUCAUAGUCGUGUCAGACAGCUCCACUGCACUUUGCAAGAAGAACAGGCGGGGAGUGUUCGUUAAGGCCGACUUGGAUGCGGAAGUGAACAUCGCAAGCUUUACGCUGGGAUGGGCGCAGACUCGCUAUACCAUGUGUUGGGGUAAAACCUUGGCGUGGAUUGUCUGGCAGGUCGAGGAGCAUGUGAAGGAGCUCAGGAGCAACUAUCCGGACCACACCAUCGACAUAAUCUGCUGGUGGUGCGGGAACGAGAUCUCCGGCCAGUGGGGCUGCAUCCCCACGCGGCUAGGACCGGGACUCGCCUACAGAGAUCCCAAUGUCACAACGGAGACCGUCGCACGGAAAGUGAGAAGGGCAGCGGAUGUUUUAGCCGCCCUCGCGGGCGAGCCGGACAUUGGUUUUGUGAAGGUGAUUGGGCAGGUGGAGGCGGACUUGUUCCAACUCCACUCAGCCUACAACGACUUCAAUGCCGCUAUGUUCGAAGAGUUCAGGCAGCGCGGUCUGCAAGUGCAAACCGCAAGCUCCUUGGUCGAAAAGCUGGAAAUGUAUGACAGCUUUCACGCCAGCGAAGACCCUCGCAACCGCGAGUUAUUCCAGACCUACUUGCAUGCGACUAUCAAUGCAAGCAGGAGCGAAUGGCUGGCCCAGAAGAUGGCACCCUGUGUCAGGGCUUUGCUUGUUCGCUAUGAGCACUUUGAGACUGGCUCCGAUGCCAACAAUCCAGUGCUCGAGGAUGUCUUCAAGCAGUGGCGUGCAGAGAAGGACCAGCUGAUGAACCCGAAACAGGCCAAGCCAAUGCCGGUCACCCAGGAGGACAAGAUGUGGGAAGCCCCAGAUGCCGCUGACGCAAUCGACGUCAAUAAGAUCUCCGAGGGGCCACCCAUGGAUAAAGCCAUCCGCAAGGAUGUGCCAAGGAUCGGUGCAACCACGGACGUUAGUGCUGUGGCGGAAUGCGUCCAUGACAUCGUCACACAGGACGCAGACGGCAAGGUGUCCUACAACACCCCGGGCACGGUGGAACUGGUGGACGAGGGCGACCAGGUCGACCCUAUCCCCUCAUCGAUUGGACGUGUUGUUGAGCCAGCGCCUCCGAAGAAGACUAAGAAGUCUGAUCGAGACGAGGAUGCCAUGCGUAGGCUCAUGUUCAUCGAUGAAAGCGCCCCGCAAGGGGCUGCCACUGUGCCAGAGCUUCCAAAUGAGUACUUCUACAAUGGCAAGAAGCACUUGAUGAAGCCCUUCAACCCGGAGGACAUUGUAGGAGACAGGCACGUGACAUUCAAACACGGAGACCUGAAGUUCCUCACCAAGCUGCUGCGUGGCCAUGAAAUGGACAGCUUCCCUGCAUUGAUCUUUGACCGUGGGUGCUGGACAGACGUUGACACUCUGCUCCAGGUCUUCAACACGGCACGAGGCGCACGCUGGGGUGUGAGGCAGCUGCUACGCGCAGCGAAAGCCGAUAAUAAGGGAUGGCCCAAGGGCUAUAAGUCCAAGCUCAUCGGCAAUAACCCGGACGCGGACUUCUUCCUUGCGACCAGGUUCUACAGCGGAUUGUCCGAGUACGAGGCAGACCUGCAGAGCAGCGUCAGGGGGGUCACUGUGCUCUCCCGCGAGGAUACCCCCCCAAAGCUCUUCCACCGCACGAAUGAAAAGGGAAUGAAGGGUAUCCUCCGCGAUGGAAUGAUCGCCGGCUCCGCGAGGUCAGACAGGUCCCACAACUACCUGUCCCCGUACAAGUUGGACGACACCCACUACAAGAGUGGAAUGCGCUCCAACCAGCCGAUCGAGUUGACGAUAGACACGCAGCGAGCAAUCGCCGCUGGAUGCGUUUUCUUCGUCACGGAGACCGACGGCGUCCUCACACGGGACAAUGUGCCUCCCGAUUGCGUGCUGUCCGCCAUCGACACCAGCAAAAAGAACCUCCCGCUCUACGUCGCCGAGCACAAAGAAGCCGCCCGCGAGGGUGAGCCAGAGCGCAUUUUCCGCGCAAAGCGCGACUAUGAGGAGGCCGCAGCAGCAAGCUCAUCAUCGGCACCGCCCCCAAAACAGGCGGCUAUCGCUCCCAAAGCGAUUGCUUCAAAGAAGAUGCCGAAGGUGGUUCCCAAGCCCGCCGCAAUCGCCGAAAAGGACGAAAGCAUGGACUUGGAUGAAGCCACCCGCGAGGGUGAGCCUGCUGAUGCUGCUGGUGCAUUCGACCUUGACGAAACCAAGGUUGAGGUUGAGGUCGAAGUCGAUGAAGGCGAUACAACGGAUGCGGGUGAGGAUGAGCCGUACCCACUUGGCUCUCACCCAUGCCGCGAGUGCGCAGCAGUCGUUGCCAAUGGCAUGCUGUUCUGCCUCCGUUGCAAGGCUCCCCAGACGGAUGACUCCAAGAAAAUCACAAAGCGAGUCUUUGAGAAUUCGAGACUCCGCCAGCGCCUUCUUGCCACCGCUGCGACCGGAGCCCAGAAGCCCAUCGAUGAUCUCCUCGCGAGUGACCUUCGAGGCCUGGGCGAGGGACCAAAGAAGCGUGGUCAGAUGAGCGCGGAGGCCGCCGCCAUUCGUGACGCCAAAGACCGAAAGAUCAGGGCCGCCAAGUUGAACUUUGACACCGUGUCCGACCGCUUCGAGAAGGACGCGCAGUUCAACGUGAGAAUGAUGCAAGAGGGCCGCAGCCUUGAGGACAUGCAGAAAUUCGAUCACCUGUCGAACGCUGUGCUUCCCGAUCCAGGACGCAGUGAGGAGCAGCGCUACUUGCGUGCUGGCUCCCAUUAUGGUGGUGGCAAUGUCCCGCCUGCGAAGCUGGUCUAUUAUGCCCACUGCGAAGUGGAGCCGUUGAGGAACUUGCGGUUUAUCGAUGAUACCGCGGAUGUCCCCAUCGGCUUGACCUACCUCGGUGCAUUCCUCCCUCCGCGACUCUAUGCUGAGGUGGCAGCAGUGAACGAUGCUGCGAAAAGGAUCCUGACUUUCGACGGCGAAGUCUAUGUGUCGGCUACCACAAUUGAAGGCAUCACAACUGAGAUCGGACAGAUUCUUACCGAUAGCCUCCGUAGUGCUCAGGACCAGACAGACCAAACGGAACGUCUGGCAGAGCGCAAUCGCCAGGCUGCAGUCCAGAACCGCCCAUCCCAAAAGGGACGUGGUCGCACGACAGCACCUGAGCCCAUGUACAGAGGCUAUACUCAGGCCCAGUGGGACGAGUACUAUCGCCAGCGUCGUGGAGGUUACACUCAGGCCGAGUGGGAUGCAUGGAACCGCACCCAUAGGCGCUGA